AUGGAAUACAUUCAGCUUUCAAAUGAUGAAGGUACACCAUCAGUGGAAGACAAAUGGCAUUCAUUACAUGUAAAUGAAGCAUUGGCAUCUUAUACACAAGAAUACCUUUGGAGGCUAGAUGAACAAAUUCAAGUUCCUGAACAAGAUUCAAUCUUACGUAAUGUAGUAUUAAUAUUGACAGUCACAAACAAUGAUACAUCUCUGUCUAUCAGACGAAUGAAAGUAGCACUAAAUAACAUAAUUCAAAAACAUUCAAUAUUACGUACUCGACUCAAAUAUAACACAGCGGAAGAUUGUUUAACACAAUCAAUUAAGCCUUUAAGAGAUGAAGAUCAAUAUUAUUCAUUUCAAAUAAGUACAAUAGCAAGACAAGAAGAAUUAGGAAAUAUUUUACGAGCAGAACAAAUGUCAAGAUCCUAUUUUAAUUUAGAGCAAGGUAUUGUUCUAAGAUGUCAUUUAAUUCGAUAUUAUUUAAACAAUAACGUGAAUGAUGAUCUUUUGCUCGAUGGAGAUACAAUACUAUUUAGUUUUCAUCGCUCGGCGUUUGAUGGUGAUUCUGCUAGUAUAUUUCUGCAUGAUUUUCAAUUAGCUUAUAUGAACGAACUAAGUGACAAUGAUGAUGCUCUAAAAUAUAUUGAUUAUUCAAUUUACGAGCGAGAAAUAUUAAUGACAGAUAAGAAAGAUGAAGCUGUUGCAUAUUGGAAUUCUAUAUUAGAUGAAUAUAAUAUAGAGAAACAACUCUUGUUACCCUUUGAUCAUUCGAAUAGAGACCGACGGACAGGUCACAGUUCAUCAGUGCACUUCGAAUUAGAUGAUGAUUUAGUACAGAAAAUGAUUUUAUGUAAAGGUCAAAUGAAUGUAUCUAUAUUUCAAUUAGCUUUAUCAGUUUAUUAUGUUUAUCUUUUCAAAUUGACAAAUAGUCAAUAUAACGAUAUAUGUGUCGGUAGCGUCAUCGCCAAUAGGUAUCGUCCUGAUUUGAAAUCGCUGAUUGGAAUGUUUGUUAGCGUCUUGCCCUUCUGUUUGAAAUUCGAUCCGACUUUGUCGUUUUCUAAUAUCCUCAAACACGUGCAACAAUUAUCUGUAAAAAUAUCAAAAUAUAGUUAUUUACCUAACAAACAGAUUAGUUCAUUACUUCGACCCCAUGCAUCAAUAUUACCAUUUCCACAAACAAUGUUUUUAUUUCAGCCAAGCAUCGAUGACCAACUGAGUUUAGAUCAUUGUAGAUUGGACCAACAUCUUUCUCUUAGCACAUCUAUAUAUACAUCCAACUUUGAUUUAUCCUUAUUAAUGAACUAUAAUGAUAGAAGUAGUAAAGCAAUGACAUGCUUAUUUGAAUACUCUACUGAUUUAUUUCAGCGAUCGACGAUCGAAACAAUAUGUCAGAGAUUUCAGGUUU